AUGGAAGCCCUUGAUAAGCACCCCCGGGGCUUCAACCGAAUCCUGUCGGAAAGUCAACACAAUGCUAUGAGAGGGCAGCUGUGUGCGAACUCAGAAGUGGAAAGGAGCGAGCAAGAAUGGCCCAGCAAAGUGGAAGGUGAGCCCUGUAUUACUAGUCCGCUAUCGGAACAUGCUCAGCCUGUGCUAUCUUCGAGGUAA